AUGCCCUUUGGAGCAUUGGCGAGUGCUCUACAAUUGCUCAUCGUAGAUUUUGGUAUGAAGGAUAAGUUAUCAAGGGGACAGGGAGACUGUCAGUUCAAAGAGACUGCCAGUGAUAGUGAUGAUGAUGAUGACGGCGGUGGUCGGGCAGCCGGAAGACGCUCUGGUGAAGGGAAAGAGCAAGCAGUACCCUCGGAACUUGUGCGCUCUUCCAUAAUGAUUACCGUGGUGGACUCCAAUACGCUAAGAGCAUUCUUUAUCCUCGACCCACCACCUACUUAUGACUGGAAUGAUCCCCUGAAUGAACCUUCGUUCAUCGAAAUUUUGACCGAGACAACUUUCUCCAAGCUAUGCAACUUGAUCCUGAAGUACACCGUAUAUGGCAAAGUAGGCAGGACUAUAUGGGAGGCAAUUGAGAACGUCACCCCAUCAGCUGUUCCUCCCGUUCAGCCGGUGGAGGUACAAAUCAUCGAUUCAGACGCGCUCGAAGGUUGGUUGAAGAACAGCAAUGCCAGGCCUCAGAAAAUAUUAGCGGUUCUGCACAGAGCAGUUGUGAGUACUAACCUGGUUGAUGCGGAAUCCCCCCCAUUGAAUCCGGCUUUCCCUCACAUUGAGGAAACUUAUUAUAACAUUAUCGAUAUUCCUACAGAGGAUUCGGAUUACGAGGAGAGAAAGCACCUGGUAAAUGUCAAAGGACUGAGGGUAUAUAUUCCUAGAACUGAGGCCAGUAAUCAAAUGCUAAUUCAAACUCUUGUUAGGCAUCACGAUAGAGAGCAAGAUGCUAUCGACGAUUUAGACUCCGAAUACUUUAGGAAGUAUCGUUUGGGUGUUGGGGUUGCUGACCCAAAUUUUUUACAGGGGAUGAUCUUAACACCUGCCAGGAUAGCAGUCAAGAGAGCUGCUGAUGCAUUCAUGGCUUGUGCUGUUGGAUAUAGUGGUGGAGAUAGAGAUGGUGGUGGUGGUGGUGGUGGUGGUGGUGGUGGUGGUGGUGGUGGUGGUGGUGGUGGUGGUGGUGGUGGUGGUGGUGGUGGUCUAGAACCUCCAUCUUCUCUGAGCGGACCUCCUUCUCUUCUGGGCAGCGGUGGUGGUGGAGGAUCAGCUGGAGACGGUGGUGGUAGUGGAGGUGAUGGGCCAGCUAAAGACGAUGGCGAUAGUAGUGGUGGUGAUAGUGGCAGGCAUCAUUAA